UGACUGUCAUGGCGGCUCAUCGUCACCCACGCUCGAGUUUCAAAAGCAUUUAAUUCUCUAAACACAUCGGCCCCAGACUCUCCCCGCCCGGCCCAGCCCAGUGCACCGCACCGCACCCCAGCCCAGCCCCUACAGCGGGCGGCGGGCGCUGGUGGAGAUCGGAGCCGCCGCCGCCGCCGCCGCCGCCUGGUCGAGGAGGGCGGAAACUCCGGGCGGCUGCGGGACGCGAGGAAAGAAAGAGUGCGCCGGCAAAGUGUGGGGGAGACGCGGCCCGAUGGAGCCCGCGGUGCCGCCAAUGGCCCGGUGACCCCCGCCCGCCCGCCGGCCCCCGUGCUCCUCAACGUGGUCGUGUGUGAGACCAAGGCGCUUGUUUAAAAUAAAACCCAACAGAGGCCGCUCCAAGGCCGGGUCGGGCCGGGCCGGGCCGGGCGAGUGUAUCCGUCCGCCCCUGGCUACAGUGGAGGAAUAGAAUAGAUUUCUAUUGGAGACCAGACUGUGGCCUGGGCUGCAGGGCCGGCGCCGGCGGGACCCUCACUCACUCCAUGGACCCCUCGCUGUAGCUUCCUUACUCAACCUCUACACGCUGCUGGAACACAACCAACCCUCCCUCGCCAUCGUAAGAAAUGUGUUAUUUCAGAAGAUAUUAUACUGUCAACUUUUCAAAAGCAAGAUUUUUGACAUGCCUACAUUCAUCCGAAAGUGACUUCUACAGAUUAAACCAUCAUGAGUGACAUAUUCAAUGUCACUUUGAUUUCCCAAGGUGGAGGAGAAAGACAUGAAGACUAGGGAAUGUUAAUGGGAUGACUUUUGUAUACGAAGGCCUGCAAAUAAAAACCUGGGAACUAUACAUCAGUAGGCUGAACAUCUGUGAUAGAUACUAAACAAGUGGGAGAACCUUUUUCUCGGGGUGGAAAUAUCAAAGACUGGAGAGCACAGAUUUAAGAAUCACCAGCGCAGAGAUGAAAUAAUUGAUGGGCCAGUUUUGUCUGAAGUAAAUUCAGAAGAUAUGAUUCUUUUGAGAUUUGUAAAAUCUACCGUUUGAAGAAAAAGCAUCUGACAAACAUCUGCAGCAUUCGUGUUCCUCAAAACUGAAUUCUGUCAAAUUUUGUCCAUUCAUGAAGCAACAACUCAUUGAUACAAAAUUUACCAGGAAUUGUAGAAAUUAAGUAUGCCUACGGGAAAUCGUUCGCGUAAAAACAGACGACUUUUAGCACAAAAGGCUGCACAAGUUUCAUUGGCACGUUUGACUGUGAAUAAAAAUGCGAAAAAACCGCUUUGGGCAGAGUUCAAACGCAAACUUGAAAAUUCAAAAGUAGUUCUCACCAGAUUAGAUGUGAGAAAGAUAUCUUCAGAUUUACUUGUACAUCAAAGCAAAACAUCACCACAUAGUUGCCAAACUGCAAGAAAAUCCUUCAGGAAAAAAAGUGCAGCUCGAGUGGACAGUGAAGUAUCUUUAAAAGAAGCUUUUGUGCAGAAUUCAUUAGACAAGCCAUCUAAAACUUCUGAGGGGACAGAAAAUGCCGUAUUAGUAAAGGUUUUGCGUUUCAAAUGUGGGAAAUGUAAAAAUAGUGCUAAAUACAACCCAAAGCAAUUAUUGAAACAUUACCAGGAAUUUCACGCCGCAGAUUUGCAUGAAUUAUGCGAUUUUACUGCUAAUGAUUUUCAGAUGCUGAGCCCACACCGACUGAAACAUCUUACCCCUCUUUUCAAAUGUGAAGUUUGCGCUGAUGGGAAAAUGUAUACUCGACAAGAGUUGCGAAAGCAUUUAAAUUGGAGACAUGGUGCAAAUGGUAAUUUCCGUUGUGAAAAGUGCAGGUUUUCUACAAAAGAUCAGGGCACGUUUAUGCAGCACAUUCAUAGACAUGAUGUAAUUCAAUAUAAAUGUGGUAAAUGUGAGCAUGUAAGUUACACAAAAGGUGAGUUUCAAAGGCACCUUGUUGUACAUACAGGAUCUUUUCCUUUCUGUUGUCAAUAUUGUAACUAUGGGGCAACACGCAAGGACUAUAUUGUUAAGCACGUUAAUGCUGUCCACAAGGGCCUGGCUGAGGUGGGCAACUCCAAAUCACAGGUGGAUCUGGAUAAAAAAGGAAAAGUGACAAAUCCAUUGGGUCUGAAACUUGUUCUAAAAAGGUACAAAAAUGGGGUAACUCGGAAAGCGCAGUGGAGGAGAAAAAAGCAAAUCCAGCAUUUGGUAACUGCAAAGGAUAAUGCUAAGAAGUCUGAUGCCACAAAGAAGCAAAAUCAUCCAAUGCCACAAUCUGCUCCAUAUUUAGAUGCAUGUUUGGGUGAGGAAAUAAUUGGUCCAAAGAUAGAUGUGGUUAAGAAAAAUGAAAUUUGUGGACCAAAGCUAGUAACUCUAAAUAGGUCUCAACAGAAGAAAACACAAGCAAGUGGCCGUAAACAAAUAUCUGUAAAAAUAUUGCCACCUGAGCCUUCUGAAGUAACAUUAAAGAACAAUAAAUUAUCUGUGCCACAUAAUUAUAGUGCUCAAUUUAUGGACUUCAAAGUAGUAAAUGGGAAACAGCAUUUAGUAAUUAAGCUCAUUCCUCCAAACAAACACAAGCUUAUCUCUCCAAAUUCUCAAACCCAAGACAACAAUACCAACUUGCUACACAUGCCGCAGAAUGCACAAAACUCAAAUGAUGGCAUUUCGGCUACAAAUCCUUCGAGUACAGGUGCUCGCUUUGUUAGAUUAUCAAAUAUUUUUGCAGGUCAACCUUGCAUUUUGUUGGUAAGAGACCAUUCUGUGGAAUCAAAAACACAGACAGUGCCUCAUGGAAUAUCUACUGUUACCAAUGUGAAAUUUACUCGGGUUAAGGCAAUAGAGCCAUUGAUUGCAGGCAUGGAUUCGGAACAAGCAGGCAAUCUGUUAUUGCCAACAUCUUCAGUGCGUGCAGUUGAGGCUGCAAUAAAUAAGGCCAUAUCAGGGAAUCAAAUUAUGCAAAAAAUUCCAACUUCAGAACAAUCUUCAGUUACUAAUAAUUAUCCAUGUCAAAUUUUUGUAUCUUCAGCCAAUAGCCAGACUGAUUCAAAAUUAUUGCAGUGCCUAAAUAAUGAGCAGAUAUCCAAGGGAAAAGAGUCAGAUUGUGACCCCUUAUUACAAUUCAAAAGAGGUAUCCAUUUGCCUUUCAUUCACAAUUAUGCUUCGAAACAAUCAGGUGUUUCAAUCGUACAAGGAGAUGAUUCAAAAUCAGCAAUGAUUUUGCUGCCAUCAAAUGCUGUUCACGAUUCAAAGUCUGGGCAACCACACAAGAUAGUAACUAGAAUAAAUUCACAAACUGAUGAUGUUUCAUCUUCUAGUGAGUUGUGUACAAGUGCUCCUUCACAGUUGCAUGGAUUCCAAAAAUCAGAUAUUUGGGAUUUGAAUAAAUUGAAAUCACCUAUACUUCUCCAAAUGCUGAAACCUUCGGAAGUGAUUAAUGGAAAAUAUGAGAGCAGAUUUAUGACAUCAAAAGAUAUUCCUGUGGUGAUGUCAAAUAUAGAAGAUACAAGUUAUUCAAAUUCUAGGUUCCCUUUUACCUCGACUGAACUGAGACCUGAAACUCUGAGCUUAAGGCAUGAAACAGCCUGUGAUAAUUGUGUAGAUGCAAACCCUGAUCCUGACAGUACAGCAUUAAAAGAUCAAAUUACAUUCACAGAACAGGAAAAGGUUUGUUCUGAGGCAGACAAAUCAAAUGGAGGUAUUUAUGAACCAUGUUUGGUUAAUUUGAAUACAAUCCCUGCUGCAGAAAUGAUAGGCAAAUGUCAGUCUGAAUUGGAACCUGAUACUUUAAAGAGGGAUGGGCAAAAAAAAUUUGGAAAUGAUUGUGAAGUGCAAAAUAUGAGAAGUUGUACAACAGUGCGGACAAAAUGUAAACGAGGAAAAAGUAACAAUAAUUGGUCCUCUUCAACAGAUUGGCCAACUUGCUCAGAUGGAAAUGGUAAAUUGGAAAAUACUGAAGACUCCCAAUCACGUUCUGUCAACAGUACAAGUUCACAAACUGUUUUGGAUUACAGUGGAUCAAACUCGGAAAAAUCAAAUACUGUGGACGUAGAGAUGAUGAACUUUCACACCAAAGAUAACAUGAAUUUGGGUUCUACAGAAGAGAUUUUGGAAGAACAAGCUAGUCAUUCUGAUGGCAGUAAAUCAGUGAUAAUGCCUCGAAUCACAUCUGUGUUCUCAUUACAGACGGGGAAUGGAAUUAGUUGUUUGGCUCCUGAAGAAAAUCAAGUGCUACUUGAUGCAUUGAAGGCCACUUCCACUUCCAUCUUUAGUGAUGAAACUCCUCGCAGUGAAUCCGAGUAUUUAAAUAGUAGUUGUCAAGAGGAACAGAACUGUACACAUACUGUGAAAAACAAACCUGAUUUGCAUAAUUAUUCCCUUAAAAACAAUGCUUUGCUGUUGGACUCUGUGAAUGAUGAAAAUAAUAGCACUGUUGUAAACAAUAUACAUAAUGAUGGGGGAAAUAAGCAGUUGCCUGCACCUUCACAUGUAUUCACCAGUUGCAAACCACCAAAUGCUGAAAAGCUGAACAUACUGCUAAAGACUCAUUCUGAUGAAAUUAUUCACCAGCAGUUAAUAAAGGAUGCGAUUCGCACUUCUGCAAAUGGCAAUAGUAACUCUGCUCUGCCACCUGUAACUCUUCUGGGCCCAUUUCGCUGGGCUGGAAUCAGUAAGCCUGUUCUAGUCCAACCAUCACAGAAAGGUUCUUCAGUUCCCCUACACCUGGCAAAACAGUCCAGACUACAAAUGGUUUCUCGUGGUGCAGUUGCACAAACAAAAGUCCUUACUAGAAAUUCUGCCUGCCUGACAGAUAAGGGGCCUGGUUUGAUACUUACUUUCAGUAAUGGAACAAUUGGUGCAGUUUCUAACAUCGUUUGUGGGGGCAAUCCUCCAAAAAUGCAUAGUGCAAAUACAAAUGCACAAGGACAAACCUCUGACAAAGUCCAACAGAAUACGUGUUCAUUAAUUAGUGGUUCCAGAGUAGCAGGCAUGGAGACUGCACCAAUAAAGGUUUUGUCUCCCAAAGACCCUCUGUGUAAUAGUCCUGUUUCUGCUGUGUUUGAUCAUCAUUCUUAUGCAAAACUUGCAGCUGAUCUAAAUGAUCAACAAAGAACAGAAAAUGGCUCAUUAAAUGAAAAAUGUCAAGGUGAAAAAUUGAUCCGUGAACCCUGUGAAAACAACAGAUCAUCUGUAUCAAAUAAUUUGGUGUCAAUUCGAUUGGGACAAGGCACUGCAUUGGAAGGUGUACAAGAUAAAAAUACAGAAAACAUACCAAGCCAACAAACUGUUUUGCUUCAAUGUAUUAUGCAGAAAAAAACUGUUGCAGCCACCAGUGAAGAGAAUGUGGCAAAUGCUGAUUCAAAGUCUGAAGAAAGUAGGCCUAAUCAGAGGAAGAUUUUGUUGCGAUUUAUUAAAAAUUCCAGUGGGGCGUUGGGCAUGAAGAAUAACCAGUACCUGAAAACUUCAGUAUCACUUCAUAAUGAUGCUGCAGGUAAUGCAGUUGAGCCUUUGCAACAAUCCAGCCAGGCUGUAAUGUUGACAAGUGGGUCUCAAUAUAUCCUACUACCAGUGAAUAAUCCUGUACCCACCCAUACCGCAACGGUCAACACCCCUCGCCAAGUCUGUAGUACGGCUUCUCUUAAAGUUCCUAUUCCUCCAGUUGUCCGGGGUUCGUCCAUUCGCUCGACUGAGAAAAGAAAUACAAAUAAAACCACUUCACUCGUUCCACAGAGACCUGCAGUCCGAUCAAGCUGCAUAUGGGUUAAUGAGAAAUCUGAUGAACUGUGGGAACCACGGAGGUCAUGUAAGGAGAAGCUUGUAUAUCGAUACAGUAAACGACUAAAGAGAAAAUGGGAAAGUUCUGAAAAAUCAUCCAAAAUAAUAACUAAUAGCUUAAGUGAAUUUGAAGAAGCUGAAGAAGUAUUAAAAAAGUCUCUUGUAGUUAACAAUGCAACAGCUUCUCGUGGAACUGUACAAACUCUCAGGCUUGUACCUUUUGAUAAUGGUCAGCUUGUUAAAUGUCCUAGGAGAAACCAACCUGUGAUUGUGCUUGAUCAUCCAGAUGCAGAUGUUCCUGAAGUAAUUAAUGUCAUGAAAACAAUUAAGAAGUGUAAAGGGAAUGUUCUCAAGGUAGUUUUGUCAAAAAGAACAAUCAGUGCACUGUUGCAUCCUCACAGCAGUAAUAAAGCCAUUGCAAAAUGCUUCCUUAUCAACCAAUGCAAAAGGGUAAAACCAGUGAGCCCUGUGAAAGAAAGAUAUGUACUGAAGUUGAAGCUAAAAAAGACCAGCAAGAACAAUUAUCAGAUUGUGAAGACAGUUUCAAAUAAAGCAAUUGAGGCUAGAUUCAGUUGCUGGUUUUGUGGUAGGAUAUUUGAUAACCAGGAUGAAUGGGUGGGUCAUGGUCAACGACAUUUAAUGGAGGCAACAAGAGACUGGAAUACCUUCCUUUGAUAGUAGAUUAAAUGUUAGAAAAGGGCCCAAGGUUGAACAUUUCUUCAAGACUACAUAUUUUUUUAUGUGUUCAUUUCCUUUCAUAUACUGAUUCACUGUUUAACACAAAUGUUCUUUGAAGGAGCUGUUAAAGUCCUUCUGGAACUUUUUUCAGAGAUGAAUAUUCAAACUAGAAUGGGUUAAGUGCUAUUAUAAAAUAAAUUCACGUUUCAGGCUGCUUAUAUUUGCAGUUUGGAUUUGGAAUUUGGAUUUACAGUUCCCUUUAUAAUGUUUGGGACAAAGACCCAUCAUUUAUUUGCCUCUACCAUACAAUUUGUGAUUAGUAAUAAAAAAAAUCACAUAUUAAAAUCUGCACAUUGUCAGAUUUCAAUAAAGGCCAUAUUUUAUACAUUUUAGCUUCACCAUGUAGAAAUUAUAGCGGUGUUUAUAUAUAGUCCCCCCAUUUCAGGGCACAAUAAUGUUUGGGACACAGCAAUGUCAUGUAAAUGAAAGUAGUCAUGUUUAGUAUUUUGUUGCAUAUCCUUUGCAUGCAAUGACUGCUUGAAGUCUGCGAUUCAUGGAUAUCACCAGUUGCUGGGUGUCAUUUCUGCCAGGCCUGUAUUGCAGCCAUCCUUAGCUUAUGCUUGCUUUGGGGGCUCGUCCCCUUCAGUUUUCUCUUCAGCAUAUAAAAGGCGGUGCUCAAUUGGGUUCAAAUCGGGUGAUUGACUUGGCCACUCAAGACCAAUUUUUAGCUUUGUUGCUUUAGCAGUAUGUUUAGGAUCACUCUUUUGCUGUAGAAUGAACUGCCAGCCAAUGAGUUUUUAAGCAUUUGUUUGAACUUGAGCAGACAGGUUGUGGCUAUACACUUCAGAAUUCAUUAUGCUACUACCAUCAGCAGUUGUAUUGUCAAUGAAGAUAAGUGAGCCAGUACCUUCAGCAGACAUACAUGCCCAGACCAUAACACACCCACCACCAUGUAUCACAGAUGAGGUGAUAUGCUUUGGACCUUGGGCAGUUCCUUCUCUCCUCCAUACUUUGCUCUUGCCAUCACUCUGUCCACAAGAUCUUUUUCCUGAACUGUGGUUGAUUUUUUAAAUACUUAUUUGCAAACUGUAACCUGGCCAUCCUAUUUUUACGGCUAACCAGUGGUUUGCAUCUUGCAGUGUAGCCUCUGCACUUCUGUUCAUGAAGUUGUCUGCGAACAGUGUUCAUUAACAAAUCAAAACCUGACUCUUGAAGAGUGUUUCUGAUCUGUCGGACAGGUUUCUGAUCUGUCUGACAGGUUUAUUAGGGACAUAAUUCUUCUGUCAUCAGCUGUGGAGGUCUUCUUUGGUCUGCCAGUCCCUUUGCGAUUAGUAACUCAUCAAUGUUCUCUUAAUGAUGUUCCAAACAGUUGAUUUUGGUGAGCCUAAGGUUUGGCUGAUGUCUCUAACAGUUUUAUUUUUGUUUCUCAGUCUCAUAAUGGCUUCUUUGACUUUCAUUGGCACAACUUUGGUCCUCAUGUUGAUAAACAGCAACAAGUUUCCAAAAGUGAUGGAAAGCCUGGAGGAAAGACUAGGUGCUGAGAGCUCUCUGACACCUGCAUUAAGGAGGCAAUUAAACACACCUGAGCAAUUACAAACGCCUGUGAAGCCAUGUGUCCCAAACAUUAACUGAAAUGGGGGGGACUAUGUAUAAACACUGCUGUAAUUUCUACAUGGUGAAACCAAAAUGUAUGAAAAUGGCCUUUAUUAAAAUCUGACAUUGUGCACUUUAACCACUUGUGAUUUUUUUCUAUUACACAUCUCAAAUUGUGGAGUACAGAGGCAAGUAAAUUGGGUCUUUGUCCCAAACAUGUAUAUUUAUCAUAACUAACACUAAUGAAAUACACUUUCAAACUUUAUGAUGAAUUUGCUGCAAGUAACAAAGAUUGGUGGGUUUUCUGUCCUGAUCUAAAAAUCUUUGAAAAGGGAUAUUACUGUUUAUGGUAUUGUUUUUUUUAAAUAACUUUUGUAAUAGGUGAGAAUAUUGCUAAUGUAAAAAUGUAAAAAUGAUCUAACAAAGCUUUCAAACACAGUUUGUGUUGGUCUCUAGCAAAGACAAUCAUUUGUACUUCUAACUGUUUUUUGCUGUAUGAUGAGGAUGUUAAUGAAAAAUGAAUAAACUUUUUAGGGUUUUUUUUUUAGAUUUAAAACAGGUCUCAAUUUUCUGCUUUUCUAUGCAGUCAAUUUUAAUAAUGUCAAUUAUAUUUACUUUUUAACUUAAUGCAUAUAUUUGUAUCUUGUGUGUAUCAUGCAGUGGGGGCAAAAAGUAUAUUAAUCAAGCAUUUGGUGGCUCAGAUUUAUUUUUUGUAAAUCAGAGUUCCAUGUUUGCGUACCAUUGUGCUGGGACACAAUAAUUCUCAGGAGCUCUUUAGUUUAGAAACAAGUCAUUGUAGAAGGGCGUGUUCUUGUAAACCAUUGCUGAUUUGCUGCAUUUCUGCACUAAUCCUAAAGCAAGAUUGAGGAGUGAAUUACUGGUAAGAUUAUUGUAACAAUCUUAUUGAUAGUAAGCUUUUAUUCACUUUCAAAUUAAAUCUGAAACAGUAAUAAAAGAACCUGCUAGAAUGGAUGCAAUCCUCAAUGUUUAGUUUCUAUAGUACAACCUUUGAUGAUAUGUAAGUGGACGUGCUAUCCUUAAAGGUUAUUUGCAGGACUGCAAAAAGACAGGCUGAGUGAAAUUUUAUUUAUUUCUAAAAACACUUUUUUGAGCAGAAGCCCUUGUCUUUGCUUUAGGUUUGAUUCUACACAGGUGUUGAAUUCAUAGUGGAAGUAUGAAGUCUGGAAUGUUACUGUCAAAUUAAUGCAGAUACCAGAAGCCCUUGGCAAAGGGUGCAGAGAAGUUUGCAGAUUUCUAUCCCUGAUUAGAAAAUGCUAAUAGUAAGGGUAUCUAAAUGGACAUAGAGAUGGAUUAAAAACUAUGUGCAAAACUUUAACAAUUUUUAAAUAUGCAAAUUAAUAUAGUGUAUAUUUUGAGAAGUAGUUUACAUUUGUAAAUUUGACCUUUUUUUAAAUGUGCAUUUAUUGGAUAACUGUCCAAAAUGUUACAUACAGUAAUUUUCCUUCUCGUUUCUGAGUAAUUGAAUAUCAAUGCAAUGGCAGUUAUAAUGUUGAAUGCAGAAAUAGUUAAGCAAUCUGAGUUUGCUAUUUCAAAUAAUAUUUCUACCACUAUUGCAGUUGCAUGAAGAUACCAGAAGUUUGCACGAAUUGAUGUAUAAUCGAUAGGGUAGUAUUUUAGAAGUGUUCUAUUUUUUUACUUCAUUGCUACAGCGUACGUACUUGGGAAUAAAAUCUUUUUUCGCAGAAAAAUGUAAAGGCAACAUUUUAUGUAAUGUUAAUAAUGAGUUUUAUUCUUACAUUAAUUCUUUACAUGAGCAUAUUGGAAUUCCUAGUUUCAAAGCUUAUUUAACAGUAUGAUUGACAAUCAAAAAUGCUUCCCAUAGAUUUUGUUACGUGCUUCUAAAUAAACCGUUCCUUGAUGGAGCUGGAAUUGC